AAACUCAUUUCUCUGCGUUCAUCGAUCUCUCUCUCGCGUUUGCUCUACGAAACUUUCGGAAUCAGCCAUGGAUGAAGAGUACGAGGUUAUUGUUCUCGGCACCGGUCUCAAGGAGUGUAUCCUCAGCGGUCUCCUUUCCGUCGAUGGUGUCAAGGUGCUUCACAUGGACAGGAAUGACUACUAUGGUGGAGAAUCAACUUCGCUUAAUCUCAAUCAGCUUUGGAAGAAGUUCAGGGGAGAAGAGAAGGCUCCUGAGCAUUUAGGGGCUAGCCGGGAUUACAAUGUUGACAUGAUGCCUAAGUUUAUGAUGGGAAAUGGCAAGCUUGUUCGUACCCUUAUUCAUACAGAUGUUACAAAGUAUUUGUCCUUCAAAGCUGUUGAUGGAAGCUAUGUUUUCGUUAAAGGGAAGGUUCAAAAGGUGCCAGCUACUCCUAUGGAGGCCCUGAAAUCUUCUCUCAUGGGUAUAUUUGAGAAACGUCGAGCCGGCAAGUUUUUCAGUUUUGUUCAGGAAUACGAUGAGAAGGACCCAAAAACACACGAUGGAAUGGAUUUGAGCAGAGUUACAACAAAGGAACUGAUUGCGAAAUAUGGUCUUGAUGGCAACACUAUUGACUUUAUUGGUCACGCAGUGGCACUUCACACGAAUGACCAACAUCUCGAUCAACCUGCCUUGGAUACUGUACUGAGAAUGAAGCUCUAUGCGGAAUCUCUUGCACGUUUCCAAGGAACCUCUCCAUAUAUUUAUCCUCUCUAUGGGUUGGGAGAACUACCCCAGGCAUUUGCACGACUUAGUGCUGUCUAUGGUGGCACAUAUAUGUUGAACAAACCUGAGUGCAAGGUAGAGUUUGACGAGGAAGGUAAGGUUACUGGUGUAACAUCUGAGGGAGAGACUGCCAAAUGCAAAAAGAUUGUGUGUGACCCUUCCUACCUGCCGAACAAGGUUAGGAAGAUUGGCAGAGUUGCUCGGGCCAUCGCCAUUAUGAGCCACCCAAUUCCAAACACCAAUGAUUCUCACUCAGUGCAGGUCAUCAUACCCCAGAAACAGUUGGCCCGCAAAUCGGAUAUGUAUGUCUUCUGUUGUUCGUACUCCCACAACGUUGCUCCCAAGGGGAAAUUCAUUGCAUUUGUGUCUACAGAUGCAGAGACUGAUAACCCUCAAACCGAACUAAAGCCUGGAACAGAUCUUUUGGGUCCUGUGGAUGAGAUAUUCUUCGACAUGUAUGAUAGAUACGAGCCUGUCAACGAGCCAGAGUUGGACAACUGCUUUAUAUCAACGAGCUAUGAUGCUACAACACACUUUGAGACAACUGUUGCGGAUGUGUUGAACAUGUAUACUCUAAUCACUGGAAAGCAACUUGACCUAAGUGUUGACCUGAGUGCCGCAAGUGCUGCAGAGGAAUGAGGAAUCACCAGAACGCUCUCUCUCUCUCUAGUUGAUUUUCUAAAGCUUGUUUUGCUCAUUUCUCUGUUUCCGACUCUUGCUUUCGUGUUCUUUUUUGGUUUGAACUUUGAAGACAAAAUCAGAAUGAUCCUUCAUGUUUAGCAA